CCGAGAGUAUUUAACUUUAUUUAAUAAGGAUAGAAAUAUAAAAACAUAUUAUGGCCAAUAUACAUCAUUAAUGAAAAGUGAAAAAGAAUGAAAACAAGACAAUGGGAACGCCCCCUCCCAGUUCUAAAACUAGAUCUGAAAUCCGUCUGAUCCGACAUAAUUUCCAAACUGUUCCAUGCACCAAUGUCACCCAUACUUUUACCAAAUCAGCUGACGCGAACGGAAAACUCAUCAUAACUUUUCCAAAAGUCAGGUAGCUCCAAGCCCCCCUAUGAUUAGACUCACAUCCUCUUAGUCCCAACGUUAUGGUAACCGAGUAUGAGGUCACCCCAGUCAAAAACGCGAAACAGUUAUUCUGCAACUCGUUCUGAAAAACAUGGAAUCCGCUUAGCUUGGGCCAACUAUACGAUGUGUCUAGUGCGACCUUAAUCCCAUAAACGCGCAAGUUAUACUGUUAAGCAGACUUCUUAGCUUUGAGGGAGGAAAACUCAAUUUGUGUGAUUUAUAUUCUUCUAAUAUUUCAGCAGAAGCACGGUGACAGUGCUGGGUUCGCUGUGGAUAUUAUCUGUUACUUUGGAAAUAUGAAUGUGAUUAUGUUGUGUAUCGCGUUGCUGCUGCUAUGUACUAUGUCAAGCCAUAGUUUAGCACAAAAUGUUCAGCAGACGCUCCUUGUUGAUGUGGACUUCGAGACGUCAACAAUGGGAGGGUUCACACAGAGUCGAAUAGAUCAGUAUGAUUGGCAAAGGAGGACAGGGAGAAAUCAGAUGCAUGUGAACGGACCAGCGGUCGAUCACUCCACUACCACUUCAACAGGACACUUUAUGUUCGUCAACACGGUAAGCUGGCGAAGCGGUAGCAAGGCAGAACUCUACAGCCCCGAAUUACCGGCUAGCGAUUCCAACCGCUGCGUGCGGUACUACUUCUACAUGACCGGAAUAACACCGGGGUCACUUACCGUCAGGGUCAAGUCUGGUACCGGAUAUAAUAUGACGUCACAUGUCGUAGGUCGACAGAUGGGGGAUAAAGGUCAAGCGUGGAAUCGUGGCAUGGCGAAGCUACCGCCCAUUGACAAGAGCUACCAGAUAACAUUCGAAGCGACCAGUGACAACGCGAUCGGAGGGGAAAUCGCCAUUGAUGAUGUUCAGAUUCUCAACUCUGACUGUCCUAGCGAUGAAUUCCAAUGUUCAUUCGAGAGUCCCGACCUUUGCGGAAUGAUUCAAGACUCGACGGAUGACGGUAACUUGGUGUACGCCAAUGGAAAGACAGAUAGCUUCUAUACUGGACCUUCGUUUGACCACACCUUCCGAAACACUUCAGGUCAUUAUGUAUUCAUGGAGGCCACACCGCUAGGUCGCAACCAGACUGUUCGCCUGAUCACCCCUACCCUAAGAGGGGUUCCCUCUGACCAGGAGGCACAUUGCUUGGUGUUUUGGUAUCAUAUGUUUGGUAUGGCUGUUGACUCAUUGGCUGUCUAUCUCUUGGAUGCCACCCAGAAGGUGUCCAGUUUGGUAUCUACGGAACCUCUCUGGAUCCUCAGAGGCAAUAGAGGCAACCGAUGGAGAGCAACGGAAGCAUCGAUCACCAUGCGGACCGAUUAUAAGAUUGUCUUCCAAUUUACACGAGGAGUUCGGUACGAUGGCGACAUUGCUAUUGAUGACGUCAUCGUUACUUCAUAUGCCUGCCCUGGUGACCACGUCUAUGCGAAUGUAUCAAGUGUAUCCUGUGAAUUCGAAGAGGCCGAUAUCUGCCACUACAUACAGGAUCGGUCAAAGGACACUGAAGAUUGGCAGUGGGGUAACGGGCAGACCUAUAUCGACUUCACUGGUCCAAGUGUGGAUCACACACGAGGAGACGAACUUGGUUUUUACCUCUACUUCGAGAGAUCCGUGGGCGGAGGUGAUGACGCGCGCAUCUCGUCGCCUCCGAUCCAGCCGCAAAGAGCUUCAUCUUGUGUCGAGUUUUGGUAUCACAUGUAUGGAACGGACGUGAACGCGUUGAUCGUUUAUAUCAACCGCCUGGAAGGAGACUUGGCAGACAGACCAGUUUGGAAUAAGACGGGGAAUCAGGGAGAUAAGUGGAAUCGGGCGGAGCUGAUGGUCCCGGCGUCUCUUUACCCGCUUCAUCUUGUGUUCCAUGCCGUAGGUGGUACUCAGUUUCGAGACAAUAUAGCCAUCGAUGAUAUCAGACUUUUUGAGAGCGCUGAAUGCCCAGAAGUGUCCUCAGAGACGCCUAUGGACGAGCCUAUCCCUCCUCUAGUACGAAGGGUGGAAUGUACGUUUGAACAUGGGUUGUGUAACCUGACCCAGGAGACCAACGAUGUCUUUGAUUGGACGCUCGGACACGGACCAGACACCACUCAGGAUACAGAUAACACCAUGGUCGAUCACACGUAUGCAAAUACAACAGGAACGUACGCAUUCAUCGAUACAUCGCAGCGUUUCUUGAGGACUAACGACAAGGCUCGCCUCAAAUCGCCCCUCAUCGCUCCAUCGCCGUAUCCACGUUGCUUCACGUUCUAUUACUUCAUGGCGUCGACAUAUGCCGACUUCCUUAAUGUGUACAUAGUGUCGUAUGGCGGAACUGAAUCCUUUGACCCGCAGUUUGUGAUCUACGGCAGACAGGAAGCAAAAUGGUUGAAAGCCAUGGUGACCAUUGAACCGUCCAUGACUACAACCAUUUACGUGAUGAUUGAAGGCGUCAUAGGACCAAGAACAAGCCGAGGAGAUAUCGCCAUUGAUGACGUCAGGUUAGAAAACAAUGGAUGCAAUGUACCAGAAACGAAAAAUCCAAGUCUACCACUGUCAGCAAACUGUGACUUUGAAUUUGAUCGCGGCUGCGACUACAUUCAGGCGAAGACUGAUGAUUUCGAUUGGGUUCGACAUCGUGGAAGAACAGACACAGCGGACACUGGACCUCUAGUCGACCACACCAAGGGGACAGCAGAAGGGUUUUAUUUCUACGCCGAGGCAUCGCAGCCUCAGAGGCCCGGUAACCGAGCCGCCUUCCUUACCCCACCCAUCGUCGGAAACAGCCAACCCAUGUGCCUCAGGUUCUUCUACCACAUGAAUGGCGUCGACACGGGGUCACUCAGGGUAUCCAUGGUGCUUCCGGGUCAUCAGACAGGGUCAACAGGAUUGGAGAUUCUAAGGCUUUAUGGUCAGAAGAUGACGUCAUGGUUACCUGCCAAUAUCGAUGUUAUUGAGGUUGACGGACCUCUGCAGAUAAAAUUUGAGGCUGUAAUCGGUAAAUCAUUCCGCAGCGAUAUCGCUGUCGACGACAUCACUUUCCUGCGUCGACCGUGUGGCGGACUACCGAGCGAGUCCCUGUGCGACUUCGAGAAGGGUCUACAUGAUUGUAACUACCAGGAGAGUGGCGGACCUUCCAUCUAUUUCCAGUGGUCAUGGUAUGAUUCUACGACGCCCUCUGUGCCUGCCCUACAAAUGUUAGAUUCUCUCACAGAGGACGGUACAAGAGAUUCUUUCUUGUUCCUCAUCGUUGGAGAGAAGCCGCUAUCUUCUGGCUCGACAUCAAACAUAUCGAGCCCGUUUCUUAAUGGCGUGUCCUUCCUCGGUCACUGUAUUGCUUUCAACUACGCGGUGAUCGGAAGCGGGGAACUCCAGCUAUCGGUAUUUGUAGAAGGCGAGAACGGAUCGACAACCCUCUUGCGAGAACUCGAUAUAUCGGGAAAAUGGAAAAGAGCUACGAUACCGCUGAGAGUUGAUGAUUCUUAUAACCCUUUUAAAAUAACUUUUAUGGCUCAACUCAAUAAUAAAGUAGACACCGAUAUAGAAGCGAUUGCCUUAGAUGAUAUUGCAAUUACGGUAGGCGUAUGUAAAACAGGUAAUAUUUUACAAAUCGAGGGCAAGCAUAUACCCGUGCUCGCCUUAGCGCUUCUUCUUGUCAUCUCUGUCCUCGCCCUGAUCAUCGUCUGUUUCCUAUGGAUACGAAGACGGCAUCGAUCGCCGUUUCCUGUCAUGUUCCUCCAACGACGUCAGAGCGAUGAACACCCGAUCACGAUGUCCCUAGCCAACAACGAGUCGACUUUAGACACGACAUGUACGAGUAUAGAUGAAUAUAGAUCAUGAUAAUGACUCGGUCACUCGAUCGGGCUGUGCUCGUGAUAAUACCCCGUUUUUUAUGAUAUGAUUUUUUUUAAUGAAAAGAAAACUAUUGUAGAUAAUAAAAAUAAUUGGAGAGGAUAAAUGUAUUGUGAAUGAUUUAAUUUUUGUAGAUAAAAGAUCGUAUAUUAGAUGAUGUGAGAACAUUUGAACUAGUUAUACCGAGAUUCUUUUCCAGGCUAGUAAAGUUUGAUAAAGCAGUUACAUUAUCACUACCAAUAAUGCGUAAACAUAUUUUGCUCACGUACUAUGCUCGUUUGCAAAACUUAGAAAAUAAAAGUUUGAUAUUUUGGCAAAAAGCAUCAGCCGCCCUCCCCUUCUAAUUGCGGACAUCACUUGUUGUAUCAGCCUGUUUGGCCUUUUCAGUAAAAUGUCGUCGAGAGUUUUAUAAGCGCAAUAUUGCUCCCAAAUCCAAUGACCGGGAAGACAAUAAUAUACACAAUAGAACUCUUUGAUCAUUUACUUCUAAUUUUAAAAAGUUUUUUUUAUAGAAAUAUUACUUACU